GGACUCCAGAGAAGAACGGAGAGCUCCCCGGAAGUCAGAAGGACCAGGCCCUAGUAGCCGAUUUGUCGACGGCAUCGAUAAGAGGCGGGAUCCGCGGGCUGUUCAAAACGGAGGCCGGAAACGGAGAGGAGUGGGGAGCGUGGAGCGUUGGGGGAUGGGGGUGGGAGGCCGUAGCCAUGGCGACGAAGAAGUUGGCCAGGUGAGGCCUACAACAGGCGCUGCAUCCUUCUUUUCCUCCAUUUCCCUAGUGGGCUCUCGGAUUGAUUGAUUGAUUGAUUGAUUUUUUAAUUUAAUUUAAUUUAAUUUAAUUUAUACACUGCCUUUUUAUCCAAGGAGCUCUAGGUAGCGCACGUGCCCCCCCCCCCCCCUUUAUUCAUUUAAUCCACCCAACAACCCUGUGAGGUUGGUUAGGUUCAGAGGCAGUAACUGGCCCAAAGUCACCCAGGGAGCUCCGUGGCUGAGUGAGGAUUCUAACCCUGCUCUCUCAGGCCCUAGUCUGGUGCUCUAACCACUGCACCACCCUGGUUAACAAGCCCUGUGGGUUUCUUUUCCCUUGGGAAAGUUUGGAUGUUUAAAUUAAGGGGGUGGAGGGAGCUGGUGAGAAGAAAAGAUGCUGCCAGAUGUCUGCAACAAGCUCCCAUUUCCCCCCUGUUCUCUCCCUCUUUAUCCCAUUUUUUUGAGCUUUGUGUAAAUAGGUUGCAGGUUGGGCCGCUUGCAUUUCAUUACCAGUUGUCCCAACUGUUCUCCACACUUUUUCUCAAGGGAUUCGGGAGCCUCAGGCCUGAAUCUCGAUCACUUGGAUACCCCCCAAAAUAUUGUUCUGCUAUUGAGAGAUGAAUUCUUUCAGUAUGUGUUUGAAUUUUUAUUUUUGUAGGCAGCUUGGCAUUAUUAGAAGAAUUUCUAAAACAUCGCCCGGUGGCCAGAAUCAUGGCAAACCCAAACUAAGUGAGUACUGUGUCUGAAUUGCAAAGCAAAAAUUGCUGUUUAUACUCUCGCAAAUAACGCAAUCCUCACUUGAUUUUGUAGGGCAAUUGUUUGACUACUUAAUAAUUAUUGAUUUUGAGUCUACGUGCUGGAAAGAAGGCAGAAAAUGUUACACUCAAGAAAUCAGUAAGUGGAGAUUUAGUAAUAUUGUUUGAGAACUGCUUCUGUGUGAUUGGUAAAUUAAUAAUGGAGCUAUCAAAACAUUGCUCAUGCAGUUUAUUUGUGUAUAAUUCCCAACCUACCUAUCCCAAACUACAUGUAAAAUAUUCAUAUUUUGAUACUUAAGUUACAUGAAUGACUGGAGGUGGGUGCUGGAACAUAACAGCCCCUGGUAUUUGGGGCACACCUCUUACUGUAAGAAGUUUUCAACCUUUUUGAGUCUAUGGCUCCCUUGACCAACUACAUCCUUUCUGUGGCACUGUUGUAGGGCUCAGGAACCCAGUUAUGUCACCCCUUGCCUGCAGAGCUGGCAGCCUUUCACCUUUUUCAAACACCCUCCCUUGUGGAAUGUUCCCUCAGCCUCCUCUCCCCUCUCCUCGCCUUGGGAGUCCUUCAGAUAGCUGCUGCUGCCACCCCUGGUCUCUGAGCUGCCCCCCCCACCCCAAAGAGAGGUGUCUCCUCACACUGCCCCAUAGGGGCAUGGGAAGUACCCCCUGGUCAGCUCCAGAGGUACCAUUUACCUGGGGAGCCUGUAGCCAGGGCUGUGCUGCAACAAACAGGUGUGCAAGCAUUUUGGGAGUCAGAGACGUUAAGAGGGCAUCAGAAGAGGGAGGGAAGGAAAGAGGGACAGAGGCCAGUGUUGCCCACGGCACCCCUGACCAUCGUUCAAGGCACCCCAAGGUACUAUACAACACUGGUUGAAAACCACUGCCUUAGAUGUAGCAGCUCAUGCAAAGAAGUCUCUGGCCAUUGCUGCUAUUGGCCACAAUUCAAAGCUUUAUGAGUGAGACUUCUUUGAACAUGAAGGAUUCAGCAUGACCUAUGCUCCGGCUUCCCCAAACCCUAUAGUACUGGGAAAUGUGACCCAUGCACCCCAGUUGAAUGCACAGCACUUUCUUGAGAGAACAAGGCAGCUUGUGAUUGGUUAAACUCUUUGCUUAUAAAUUAGAGUUUAUUGGAUUGGGGUUACUAAAGAACCAAGAGCAUGGAGCUUAGGAGAAGAUGUCUUCAGUGUAUUGACGAUUCCUCAUCCAAGGAUUUAAUACACACUUUGAAAAGGAGAGGGAACAAGAUGGAACCUUGUGGGAUUCCACUAGGAAGGUCCAAAUGAGAAAAGGACGAUGUAUUUUUGUCCAACAAGUGGAAUUUAAAUGGUACCAAACACUACCAUGCUGUGUGUGUGUGUUUUUAAAAAAAUAAACAUAUUUUUAUUGAAUUCCAAUAUAUAAAAAUUACAAAAAAGAGAAGAAGAUACAAAAACAAAACCCCACUCACCUCUCGCUCCAGGACAGAUCAAUCUAGUUAAGUUUGUCAAAGUCCAAUCUGUGAUUUCGGUGGUUGUCAUUCUGUUAAGAAAACUCACCCUUCUUAAACUAGCCAAAACGCAGUAGCUUAGGGAUUGAUUGAUUGAUUGAUUGAUUGAUCAAUUGAUCAAAACAUCUUGGCUUAUAAGCAUUCCUAGGAGCAAAUAGAUGAGCUUGUCUUAAAAAAUAUGAAUUGAUUUUUCAGUGGUAUUAAAACAUGCUGAAAUGUUUAGCUUGUUUAAACCUGGGGCACGGUUGCAAUUAAUUGCAUUUUUAUCUCUUCCUCUCUCAAAGGAGCUUAGAAAGAUUUAUAUAAUCCCCUCUCUCUUUUAUACUCACAACAAUCCUGUGAGGUAGGUUAGGGUAAGGAAAUCUAACUGAACCAAUGUAUUUUAUGACUGGGGGGCGGGGGGGCCUUAAACCUUUGACCCAGCACUCUUCAACUCCAUCUGUAAAACUGCAUUUUUAAGAAUGCUAUUUCUUUAAAAUAAACCUGAUUUGGAAUGAAAAUGUACUUUCUUUAGUUGAAUUUCCAGCAGUUCUAUUAAACACCUUGAAUGGAGAGAUUGAAUCUGAAUUCCACAUGUACGUGCAGCCUCAGGAACAUCCCAUUCUCUCUGAAUUUUGCACUGAGCUAACUGGCAUAAAGCAGGUACAAUUUUAUUGUUUCAUGUUGCAGUCAAUUUGCAAGCUAAGCUCAUAGUUUCUAGUUGGUUUUGAAACCAUUGAGGUGUUGUUGACCCUGUUUCACUAUGCCUGACAAUGAAUUGUGUUAAGGCUGAGUGUAAAGCAACACUUGGAUACUGUCAAAAAUACUAAAUGUAUCUUGUUCUCUUCUAUUAAGAACCAAGUUGAUGAAGGCGUCCCUCUUCAUAUAUGCCUGUCUCAGUUUUCUAAAUGGAUUCAAAAAAUGCAGAAGGAAAAAAACAUUGUUUUCAGUUCAGGUCAUUCUUCGGAAGGGAAAUUAUGUGCUUUUGUUACAUGGUCAGGUAAUUCAUAGUACCUUUAUAAAUAUCUGAUUUCUUACACUGAAAGUGGUUUGAAGUGAUUUGACCCUCUUGACUUUGCUUUUCCACUUCCUUUUUAAAAAUCUUUCAAGGCUGUAUUUGCAACAUGUGCUAGAAACUGGUUUAAGAAAGCAAAAGAAAAAUGAGGUUUUUAUUGGAUAAAAUACACACAAAACUGAGUUGGGAGGUGCAAUGCACAGUUGUGGAUUGCGUACUCCUCAGCAGUUAUGUGUGCAUUUCACGAUCACACCAUAGAGCGGACUUAGUCCCUAGGUAUCUUUUCCUACUUUAAUUCCUCAUGUUUCUAGCCCGGCGAGGAAUGGCUGUCUGAUAAGACACAGUUACUAAUCCACACGGAAGAAAGCUAGAAACAAUAACAAAGCAUAAAACAUGAAAGGUUUAUGACAGUUUGUUUGUUCUACAGACUGGGACCUGGGUGUGUGUUUGCAAUACGAGUGUAAAAGAAAGCAGCUGAGAAAACCAGAUGUUUUAAACUCCUGGAUUGAUCUCCGGGCAACUUACAAGGUGAGAUCAGACUGUGCAUGUGUAAUAUUCAUGAAAGGAAUGCGGAAAUGGCCAAUUUUGCUAGCUGAGAGCUGCUUAUUGUUUGGAUUGCCGUGGUCAUGGUGUAACUGGCAGCCUGUCUACAUCUCCGCAAGCUAGAUCAUUGGCCAGAUGAAAUAAACUUUUGCUGCAUUUCUACAUUGCUUAUAAUACUGUCAUGUUAGUUCAAACCUCCCAUCUGUUUUACUCCUUUCCAUCUCUCUUCUUUUCUUUUAUUAAGUGUUUUCCUUCGCUGGUGACAUAAAGAUCACAUGUUUACAUAGCCCUCCUAGGUAUAUGACCCAUCUCUGGUCCUGUCUGUAUUAUUUAUUUAUUAUAUUAUCCAUAUCCCACCUUUAAGGAAGUAAAGUAAAGAAAUACAUGGGGGGGGGAUAAAAUAAUUUAAUAAGGUUGCAAUAAGAACACAGGAGGAGCUGUGAUCGGAACAGUGGCCCAUGUUGUCUAGCAUUCCAUUCCCAGCAGCCAACCAGAUGCCUGAAAAGCAUAACAAGUCACAAGGCUGCCUUCCAUAGUGCAUUCACUGUGCGCAGGGAGGGGGGAACAGUCUGAGGUCACUUGAGGUCAUCAUUGCCUAUCUCCUUUGGUCUCCUAUUCCUUGUCAUAGGGCCUUUGGUGGUAGACAGCCCUGUGAGUAAGAUGGGACAGUGAUUUAUUUAUUUUUUUGGAGGAAGGAUAUCAUCUAUGUAGUAUAAUAGAUAGAUAGAUAGAUAGAUAGAUAGAUAGAAAAUUUAGUACGGUCGGAGACCAGCUUAUAAAACACACUUGGGGGUACAAUCCCAGAAGGAAAACAAACAUUUAAAACAAUGUACAACAAUAAACCAUCCCCUGACCCAAACUAGUUUGUUAAGAAAAUCCCCAAACUCAGUUCCAUAGGUGACUCUGGGUCAUCUCUCUGCAGUAGCUUAUCUUAAAGUUGUAAGUGUCUAUAUGCUUAUUGCAUUUAUAAAUGUAGUAUAUUUAUUAUUUUAAAAAUGAUAGAUAUCACUUAAUACAGAUUCAUUUUAUGAUUGCUUAUGAAUAUUUAGUAAUCAGAGCACUGAUGGGAGUGUUUUCAGUUCUUUGACUUGCUAAAGCAGGUAUGGGGAACCUUUGGCCCUCUAAAUGUUGUGGAACUUCUAACUUCCAUCAGCCCCAGCAAGCAUGGCCAAUCGUCAGGGAUUAUGGGAGGUGUAGUUCAGCAAUGUUUAGAGGGCCACAGGCUUCCCACACCAGUGCUAAAGAAAGGCGUAUAUGAAGAACUAAAUUUUGUGCUGUGCCUAUGAGCACCUGCCAUGAUUUGAGCUGAGCAGAGCACAGCAGCUAAUGUCUUUACCUUUAUUUCCUCUUAGCUCUUUUACUGUCGGAAGCCACGUGGGCUAAACGGUGCUUUGCAGGAUGUGGGGAUCAUAUUUGCAGGACGGGAGCAUUCUGGUGAGUGAAUUUUUAAGUGUGUAUGUAUGGAAAUAUUUCUAGUUAUCAGUAGCAAGUUCUUAGGCAUGUUCCAAGCUCUGCCGAAACUGAGACAAACUCCAUGGAAUAUAACCCAAACUGUUCAAUAAUGACAUGCUCUAAAACCAAGAAUGCUGGUUUUUCUUAUCCUUUUAAAUGAGUUUUAUUCCACUUUUGUUUCACCCUUUCAAAAAGUUCAGGACAAUUUAUUAAAUUAUUUGAAAAAAGUUCAGGGCAAUAAUUUGGAAAAGUGAAAAAUAUUUAUUGCAUAUUUCCAAAGCAUUGUGUACAAUAUCAUACAUUAGCAGAAUUUUGAAAAACACUUGUAAUAUGAUGAAUAAUGUAUAAAACUAGAAAUUAUUGUGAAUUUAAGAUAUUAUGGAUGUGCACGAACAAAUGUAAAACAAAAGAACCAAGAAGGGGAGUGGAGGGAAGUCAAGGGAUUUUAGAAAUCCCAUGUUUGGAAGUUGUUAUGGAUUGUAGACAUAGUAUAGUUAUUUUUAUGUGAUUUUUGCUACUGUAAAAAUUAAUAAAAUAGUAUUAAACACACACACACACACACACACACACACACACACACACACACAAAGUUCAGGACAGUACCUACUGUUCCCUACCUCCUUCUGUUUUUAUCCUUGCAGCAACCCGGUGGGGUGGGCUGGACCGGACUGGGAGGCAGAGUGACUCAGUCACUUAGUGCACUUCAGGACCAAGCAGGGAGUGGAACUUGAUUGUCCCUGGACUUACUACCUGCCAUGUGUAGAUCACCAAAUUUUAUACUUAUACUAGGGUCUUCUUAUACAAGGGUGCUUUGUGCAUAGCUGUAUCCCUACAGGUUCUUUUGUUAAGCAAUGAGAAAGGGUUGUGUGAAUACAGAAUAGUUAACGUGCCUGACUUGGUCAACAACAGCACCAUAUCUCUUUUUCCCAAGGGCUGGAUGAUUCCCGGAAUACUGCCCGCCUUGCAUGGAAGAUGAUCUGCGAUGGGUGUGUGAUGAAAAUCACUAAAUCUUUGGAUAAGGUCAGUGGCUUUUCUUCUUGACAUAUGUGCCAAGAAGACAGUAAGAGUUUGCUGAAACGACUUUGAACUUGAUCUUCUUCCUGGAGGAUUCCGAGGCACAUUUUCUCACUUGGCUGUUGACAUCUCUUUCCUGCGGUUCCCACAAUAUCUUAUUUGUUUAUGGAUUCUUUAGGCACCUCCUGUGAAGAAUUCCAUUGCCAGAUUUUUGUCUCCGAAACCUACUGAAGGAAGUCCUUUGGGAAGCAAUGAUGGUGCAGGAAUGUCAUGUCUGGAUGAGAGCAAAAAUGCUGGAGUUACCACAGGAAUUAAAAACAACAAGGAAAACCAACAGCAAGAGUUCAGUCCUGUUCAUCUGCAUAGAAACGCCCAUGUUCUGUCGAGAAAUGCCCCAAAGACUGAUGGAUAUAGUAGUGUCCAAAGCUGCUUGAUUGAAAGGCUCAAUUCCCCUCUUGGCUCUUUUCAGCCUUCGCAUAACUCUUUGGGCAUCCAGAGUGGGCUAAAUAACAGGCACCCAAUUUCUAAUUCUUCAGUGCAUAAUCCAGGACUGGUUUUAGUCUCAACCACUCUUUCCUCCGUCAGUAUUUCAGAUAUAGACAUAAGUACCACUCCAGAUUGUUUAUCAGCGCUGGCCAACUGGGAGGAUGUAGCUUUAAUACCAGCAUCGCAAGAUGAUGAAAGUUUGGGAUGUUUGCAGCAGGAGGAUGACCCGAACCAUAAGAGUUCAUUAACCGUUGAAGAGAAGAUGGAUCUGAAUGAGUCGCACACGAUGAACUUGGGAUCUAAAAGUGUUGCGGAUGCUACUCUGAAUCUGGAACUCCCAAGUCUGUUGUGUACAAAAGCCCCAGCACUACGAUUUAUAACAUUAGCAUAGCCCCAAAUAAGUUCUCAGAUACUUCUGCGUUUAAGCUUCCCACUGCAAAAGCAAGUGCUGCUUCCAUUGAUGUGUCAAAUGGAACCCCUUUCAGAUUGUCAUCUGAAGCACACAAAAGGAAGCCUUCCAGUCCAAAAUCAGUUCCUCCAGCAAAGAAACCACCCUUUAUAGUUUAUGAAGACAAAGGCGCAACGCCUAGUACCUCCCAGUUAGUCAGGAGGCUCGGUUCCUACCGCGUCCCUUCCGGCAUCUUAAACUCCUCAGUCAACUUAAACCAGCCUUUAAAGGCUGCAGAGACUGGGAGAGUGACCCUCCUUUGUGCAGAUGCGGUCGAAGGGCCAGAAGGCUAAAUGUUUCGAAUGGUGGUCCGAAUCAUGGCAAAGCAUUCUAUAGCUGCCCAGUUGGAAAGCAGGCGGGCAAUAGAAAGGGCUGCGGUUAUUUCAUAUGGGAGCAUACUCUUCAAAAGGAGAAGCUCACACUCCCUACCUCCAGUGCUCUGGGGCUGCCAUGUCCUGGACGCAGUUUCAGUUCAUCAGGAAAUUCUGAAAAGAAGACCCUCGUUCUCCGACCCUCUAUGCGAACCUAGCCAAGGACUACAUCCUUGACGUCCUCCUUCAUGGAGAAAAAUGUCUUACACCAUCACAAAUGUAAGAGGCUAUUAGCUUUGUUUCCCCAUCUUAGAAUAUUCUUCCAAAUCGUGCUGCAAAUGGGCUGUCUAUAAGCUUCUAAAGUGAAAAGUAAAAGGAUGGGCAUCCCUGAAAGGAUUUUGACAGUAUUGCUGAGGAUAAACCAAAUGAGGAUCAGUAGUUGGUCUUGCCUUUUAAAGUUAUCCUGCUGUUUCUAUAUUCUAGGCUUAUCACAGAUUAUGUCUCCGUUACUAGAUAACUGCAAACACAUGCAUGCUCCAUGAGAAUCGGUAGCAUAGGCUUUUGAACACUUGCUUUUAAAAAGAAAUAGUGCAUAAAGAAGGUAUCAUGGUUUUAAGUUUUAUAUACAUACUGAUUUUUUUAUUAGUGAAGUACAAUAAAAGUGUGGCUUGGAAUUCUGGAGGUUGACUUCCUUCCAGUAUAGCAGCUUAAAUUUCACAGUAAAACUGAAGCACUUUUCUUAUCUAGAUGCUGUAUUUCUGUCAAAACAUGUUUUGUUUACUUUGGGGCAUUACCACCAUACUUGAGGCUGGUACGCAGCCUAUGGAAAAAGUCAGAAGUUUAUAUCAAAGACAGAAGCUAACAUAAACCCACAUCAAUCAGAAAGUAAAGAGGUAGAAGUUCUACAACAAAUUAAGCAAGCUCAGCACAUUAAAUGGAAUGAAGUUGUUGCAUAGCAUGGCAGGAGAGUUCCGUGACUUUCUUCUUGAAUGCAUGAGAAAACUGGCAAUGAUUUGAAGAUGGUUGCCAAUAUCAUGAAAUACUGUGCCUAUAGUGCUUUCAGUGUCCCAGGAGAUAACCCAUAUUGGUCCGGGCUGGAAUUUUUUAGCUAACCAUUUUUUAUGAUCGGAAUUAAGUGAAAUAAAAUAUGAAAUAAAAACAAUUUUUUGUUUUAACAGUUUGGAUUUUGCCUGUUGAUAGCUUUUUGAUUUUGAUAGCUCUUUAAGCACUGUAGGGAAGUUACAUAUGCAGAAAUAUUAAUACUUAAAAGUCUGCUCAGUUGUUCUUAACUAUAAUCCUAGGAGCUUGCUUACACACGGAUGGGGGAGAGGAUAUUUAAGCACAGAUGUGGGCCUCCGGUUGUUGCAGAAACGAAAAAUAUUCCUGGUAUGAUCAGUCACUAUCACACGCUUCAGGCCCCACUGACGUUCAGUGUGUAUUGAAUUCUCCCAUUGACCUAAAUGGGAUUUAAAAGAAUUUAAUAUUGGCUGGAUUGUGUCCAGCUGAAUUAAAAGCCUUUUCUCCUGCUUCAAUGAUGCCGGCAUCAUUCAGCAUAGUACAUCGUUGGUGGGAGCUUUGGUGGGGAUGCUACUCUUGCAUGGUGACCACCGGAUCCCUUGUAGUUUAUAUCACCCUGAUGCACAAUAGAGACUGGACUUAUUUAGGUUGCGGCCAGGUUGUGUCUCUAGAAGGGCUUUCUAGCAGGGGUGCCUAAAGAAGCUUGCUGCCAGUAACUAUGUGGAAUGUUGAAAUGAGCAUGUGUCAACAGUGCUGUGAAGGUCCUUAUUUAUAACCCCAGACAGUUCACUUGCUUUGAGACAACUAUGGCCCCAUUGCAACAACUUUUACUCCCCUGAUUUUUUCGGUGGCCUGGGUGUGGAUACUUCCAUCAUCCUGUGUGUUGGAAGCUGUUGGGUCAACAGGAGAUCUGAACAGAUCAAGACCCUUCCAUUCUGUCUCUACAGGGGAGUGGGGAAAGGAACUGGCUAACAUGCUUGAUUACAUGUCUAGCUUGUUCUUGUAGCUCCCUGCAGAUUCAUGGUGAUUUUUUAAGCUUCUGAGCUUUGGAAUCAACUUUGUGUUGGCAUUUUCUCCAGAGUACAAUGUGUUCUUUUCUGCAUGCGACUCAGCAUCUGGAAUGAGAGUUACGCUUUGCUUUGCUCAACCUUGCAAGAUGCUUUUGGAUUUUAUAUAAAUGGGUGGAGGGAGAUGCUCAGCCACUGAUAUUCCCCAAAUGCCUGAUCCUGCACUGCUUGUAAUAUACCUCAAAGUCCUAGGGAGUGGGUAUGCGAGGGUUGGGGUUGGUGUUUUUUUUGCAGUGUGUGUGUGACAGCUGCAGCAUUGGGAUUUAAAUACAGAGGCUGGCAUGGCAUGAUCUUGCAACAUAAGGAACCAAUAUAAAACUCAGAACAGGCGCUGUGGAAGUAAACAGCUAAAUCUAAGCUUUCCCCACUCUGCCUUGCGCAAUUCGUUUCUUCUGAUUUUCCCACUGAUUGUCUUUGGCAGAUGUGGCACAAACUCCACCU